UUCUUGACGAAAGGAGGUUGUUGUGAGCGUGUCGGCUUCCAGGACAGCAGUGAGUGAGAUCGAGGUGGUCAGUAGACAGGAGUUCAUACAUACAUAUCGUACUCGCUAAUAGUAGGCUGUGUGGGGAAACAGAUCAAAUCAGGCCAGUACAAACUGGAUCAGAUGAACCAUGGCUUUGCAGAGGCUUCUGAGUUUUGGCAAGCAGCUGUUGCGCGUGAAAGUGGUGAAUUGCAGCUUGGAAGACUCUCGUCUCUCUCGAUGUCUGAACACGUUUGACCUAGUGGCUCUGGGAGUGGGCAGCACUCUGGGAGCUGGGGUGUACGUCCUGGCUGGCGCAGUGGCACGCGAGAAUGCGGGGCCUGCCAUAGUGCUGUCUUUCCUUAUUGCUGCUAUGGCAUCGGUGCUGGCUGGCCUUUGCUAUGCUGAGUUCGGGGCACGAGUACCCAAGACAGGCUCAGCGUAUCUGUACAGCUAUGUGACAGUGGGGGAGCUCUGGGCCUUCAUCACUGGCUGGAACCUGAUCCUUUCUUAUAUCAUAGGCACCGCCAGCGUAGCUCGUGCAUGGAGCUCUACGUUCGAUGAGCUGAUCGGCAAACAUAUUGAGAUGUUUUGUCGACAGUACAUGAGCAUGAAGUUGCCAGGUGUGUUGGCUGAUUAUCCGGAUAUGUUUGCGGUGGCCAUUAUUCUGUGUCUUUCAGGCUUGUUGGCCUUUGGAGUGAAAGAGUCAGCCAUGGUUAAUAAGGUUUUCACCUGCAUCAAUAUUCUGGUGCUGUUGUUCAUGGUGGUAUCAGGUCUGGUCAAAGGCACGAUGAAGAACUGGCAGCUGAAUCCUGAUGAGAUUCUUGAUGCCACCAAUUCCUCAGGACUCAAUACAACAGAGGAGAAGGAAUUUGCCAAGAGCUUGGGAAUGGGUGGAUUUAUGCCAUUUGGCUUCACUGGAGUUCUCUCUGGAGCUGCAACUUGCUUCUAUGCAUUCGUUGGGUUCGACUGCAUUGCCACAACAGGUGAGGAGGUGAAGAAUCCUCAGAGGGCCAUCCCCAUCGGCAUCGUCUCCUCUCUGCUCAUCUGUUUUGUUGCCUACUUUGGUGUGUCAGCUGCUCUUACUAUGAUGAUGCCAUACUACCUGCUGGAUAGGAAAAGCCCAAUUCCUGUGGCCUUUAAAUAUGUAGGCUGGGAGGGAGCCACCUACGCAGUGGCUGUAGGCUCUCUGUGUGCCCUCUCUACCAGCCUCAUCGGUACCAUGUUCCCAAUGCCACGGGUUUUGUGGACGAUGGCAGGUGAUGGGCUGAUCUUCAAAUACAUGGCAGAAAUCAACCCGAAAACAAAAACCCCCUUGCCUGCUACUCUAACAUCUGGCUUUGUGGCAGCUGUCAUGGCAUUUUUGUUUGAUCUCAAGGAUCUGGUUGAUCUUAUGUCUAUCGGCACACUCCUGGCUUACACUUUGGUUGCUGCAUGUGUGCUAGUGCUCAGGUAUCAACCAGAUCACCAUACUCAGGGCUACCAGAUGGCAAGCUCACACGAGGAGCUGGAGAUGAGAGAAUCCUUUAGUACUACGAGUAUGGGCAUUUUGCCUGGCAUAGAGGAGCGCUUCAGUUUCAAAACAAUGCUUUUCCCUGACAACACAGAGCCGUCUGGUCUUUCUGGUUCUGCCGUCAAUGUCUGUGCAAGCUUGCUUGGUUUCCUGAUCCUGGUUUUUUCAGUCGUGGCUGUGCAGGGUGGUGCUACCAGCUGGAGCAUAGCAACCCUCUGUGUGAUUGCCUUGGUAUGUCUUCUUCUCACACUUAUCAUCUGGAGGCAGCCAGAGAGCAAAAGCAAGCUCUCAUUUAAGGUCCCUCUGUUGCCCUUCCUCCCUGUGGUAAGCAUGUUUGUUAAUGUGUAUCUGAUGAUGCAGCUGGACAGAGGGACCUGGAUACGAUUUGCCAUAUGGAUGUUUAUCGGCCUUAUUAUAUACUUUGGCUAUGGAAUAUGGCACAGCUCAGAAGGUGCCCUGACUCAUUCCAGUCCAGAUGAAGUGUCUGAUGAGUGUAAAUCCACCGGUACUCACGAGGAUGUCAUGUCCCCUGAGAAAGAGGCCUUCCUCAACAACAGACAAGAGGAUGGGGAUGAAGAAAAUGGUGAGCUCUGAUGUUGAGGAUCAAAUGAGCUUCAGCUUCUGCCUGCUAGACCUUCUCUCUGAACCGCAACACUCAGGACCGCUGAGGAGCACAAACUGUUAACAGACUGAGCAUGGAGAGAUGCAUCAUGGUGGUUGAUUAGUUCCUUAUAAGAGACUGAGAGGCCUGUUGUUGGAUAGUGCUUUUUGGUGUUCUAAUUUGCACCCAAAAUGAAACAAGAACAGUUGGAUAUUUGAUCUAAAGCAACAUGAUCUUGCUCGAUUCUGUUAGAUUAGGUUGCUAAGCUACCCUUUGGGGCAGGGGUAGCUCAGUGGUUAAGGCCUUGGACGACAGUAUGGUCCGAAUCACCAAGUUACCCCUGUUACCCUUAAGCUUCAACUGCUCAGAUUUAUGAUAAGAUAAAAAAAAAAAAGUCGCUCUGGAUAAGCAUUUCUGCCAAAUGCUGAAAUGUAAAUGAAAAGUAGUUAAGUACCGAGUGUCCAGUUUUACAAUUCAUUUUUACAAUAUUCCACAUGUUAGAACUCCAUUAGAAUACAUUCACACCAAGCUGAAGUACGAUCAUGGACACGUUGCCUUCCCUAGGCUUCUUUUAACAGUUUAGUUUGUUUAAUAAGUAAAUCAACUCCACACAUGGCUUAGGGCUUUUUAUAAAUUCAUAUUUAGUUUAAGCCCACCGUCCCUACUAGUCUGAACUGGAGCUGAACUGGUCUGAUCGAAAUUUAAUACAUCUGGUAUUUAUAGAAAGCUAUCGCUACCUAUUACAGCCACUGCCACCUGGUGGAGUGCUAGCGAACACAGACAGAAAACUAAAGCUCUUUCCUGCGUACUGAGAGGGGUAUAUUACCAGUACUGGGUGAUUUUUCUCAUAUAGUGUUUUUCAGCUGCUAAUUUAAAUCUUCAUCUCAAGAAUAUUUAAAAAGAGUUUGUAGGACUAAAACCUUUUAGCCUGGUUUGGGUAAUAGAAACUUGUCAUAAGUGGUUGCUUCUUGUGAAGAUAUGAAGUUUAAUAUCUAAGUUUAAUAGUAAUAAAUGCAGAUAUAUUAGACGUUGGCAUAAUGUUUUCCCUUAUGGUAAAUUCCUUUCCUGACAAAGAUUAAUUAAGUGCUUUACAUAGUUGCAACAGGUAAAGUAUGAUAAGGUGCAUUAUUGAAUCUCACUCACUCACUCACUCACUCAUCUUCUAUACCGCUUUAUCCUAUAUUCAGGAUCGCAGGGCCCUGAAACCUAUGCCAGGAGACUUAAGGCACAAGGCGGGUUACACCCUGGACACGGUGCCAAUUAAUCGCUGGGCACACAUAUGUACACACACUCACACACUUAUUCACACACUAUGGGUAAUUUGGGAAUAUCAAUUAACCUUACCUACAUGUCCUUGGGAUAUAAUGGAGGAAACCGGAGUACCCGGGGGAAACCCACCAAGCACGGGAAGAACAUGCAAACUCCAUGCACACAGAGACCACAGCCUGGCCUGGAAUUGAACCCGUACCCUGGAGGUGCAUUAAUGAAUCUAUGAUCUAUAAUUACAGUUAAUGUAAAAUCUAUGAAAUUACAUUUGUGUAAUAACCAGAUCACCUGUGUUUAUUAUAUAGCCUCAUUCGCCUGUCAUUUCCCCACAUUGAAAAGGUUAUCUAUUCCAUUCGUCCAGUAAAGUAGUGCAGAUUGUAUUAUACUUAAGGGAGACACUUUGGUGGUGUAAUGAAGAAAAAAUACUAUGACACAUGAUACAAUGUUUUUUCCUCAAUAACCAAAUUUCUCAAGGUAGAUUAUUCAUCUUACACCAUAGCAGUCUGCCAAGAACUACAUGUGUUAAAGAAAAAAAUAUCUGCAAAAUAAGUCCUAUUAGAUGCAAUCUUCCACCAGCUGAGCUGAAUUUAAGUUUAUUGACCAGAUUUAAAAAUAAUCAUUUCCCCCUGCAGAGAACAGCUAGAUUUUACAGCUCAUUGAGUGUGUACAUGUUUUAUAGUUGAAAUAAUGUAAUGCUGUUUACACCUUUUUUGUCAUUUUAGAACAGUGUCUUUUUUUUUGUUGGACCAUUUCUGCUGUAUUGUUUGUGUCCCAGUAUAGUUGAGACGUGCUGUAGCUCAAAUCACUGUACUUUGCAUUUGUACUGUAAAUAAAAUGAUGUUAGCCACA